AUGGCUCGAAGAGCAACAGCAGCUUCUGUCCCAGGAAGCCCUCCAAAACGAAUGACUCGGGCUAGGGCAGCUCAAAAUACAGGGAUUUCGGACGCACCAGCUAUAGCAGUCCAAAACGAGGCAGCGGCAGCCGAUAAAAAAGCAGCUCCGGCAAGAGGAAGACCGAGGACGAAGACAGCAGAUACCACAACAACGGCGAAACCAGCGUCAAGGCGAAAGGCUUCCAAUGCGACGACAUAUGCAGACGGGGUCGAACCCAAGAAACAACGAGUCAAACGAGGAAGAAAGAAAACAAACGAGGUGGCCCAGGAUUCCAGUGCUCUUGAUGGUGAUUCCAGUGAUGACGAGAUGGACAUUGUCACCGUUAAGCCAAAAUUGAAAAUGGCAUCUUCUACUUGUAAAACAGGGUCUGUCUCAAGAGUUGCGGCUGGGACGGAUAGGAAAGCUGCCCCAAUCCUUACAAAACAGAGUCAAGAGGAAUCCGGGAAUUUCGGCGACAGCGACGACGACGACGACGAACUGGCACAGCCGGGGCCGCCGAAGAGACUACAAGGAAGACCAAAGACUACCUCAACUACGAGGAAGAGUAAAGCUGUAGCUACCGGAACCUCCCAGAAAGCCCCAGUAGGACGACCGAAGAAGGCCAUUGCAGUGACAACAGAUGAUGAUACUAAGGGUACGAGCAAGACGAUACAUAUUUCAGCAGCGUCCCUAACAGCCGCGUCGGCUACCUCCAGAGCUCGAACAACAGUUGCCACAGUCCCAAGGAAAAAAGUUACCUUCCUUGACAUGAUUACAGACUCCGACAAAGAGAACCAGCCAAUCACUUCGUCGACAGCCACUGAUCCAAAACAAAAAAUUAAAAUUGGAAUUAAAUCUAAGCCCGUUCGAAAGGCCACUGCACCACCUGGCGAACGAGAUUCUGCUGGUAUUGCAACAGAGGAGAGAAAGAAAGAGCCUCUCUCUCCGAAAAAAGCCACUCAAGUUGCCAGAUCCGGAUCCUCUGCUAGUUCGGCCGAUGAUGCUGAAGAUGAUGACUUGAGCUCGCCUCGACCCCGGAUUCCACGCCACAAUGGAUCUCCGGUUAAGCGAGAUCCACAUAGGCCAUUCAAUUCCCCUGUUAAAAAGAUCGAUUUUGUAUCUCCUACUAAACCGUCCUCACAAGGCCCUUCUCCACCGAGAGGCGCUCAAUCAAUUGAAAACACUUUCCUCUGCCAUAUCAAACCAUCUGCAGUACCGGCAAAACAUAAAUCUCCCACAAAGCUAUUCGAUCAAGCCAUCAAGGAAGAACUCAAUACUGAUAGCGCAUUCGCCGAUUACCCUCUUGGUUGUGGAAUGGGUCUUUUUGGGGUAAGGGGUUCAUCAGGAGGGCUCGGCGGAAAUUCCUAUCAUCCGGUUUUGGAAGAUGCCAGCGAUGUUAGCCCUGCUGGGUCUCCUGCACAGGGUUUGAAUGACCCGUUUGUCAUUUCAGAAAUCCUGUCAACACCGUCUGGCUACGUGAGUGGAUACGACAUUUGUCACCAAGAUGCAAGUGUCAGCUCAACAAGGGAUUGCAUUCCACCAGCAGCGCCAUCCCCUCCAAUAUUCAUGAACAGUCGCGCUCCGUUAGUGUAUCGUGAUGACAUAGUUGAAGAAUCUGACGACGAACUAAUGAAAGACGCCAGCCCAUUAAAGCUCAAUAAUGAUCUAUCACGACGAAACACACUGCUUGGUGCGGCUGCUGAAUAUGAUAUGAGCGAUAUUGACCGAUCGGAAGAGAAAUUGGGAUUUACUCCCUUGGCCGAGCGGCUAAGCCAGUGGGGUGCCAUCAGCCCAGUGAAACGGCGGUCUUCCAGACUUCAAAAUCGAGGGAUAUUUUCCCCUCUAAAACCCAGUGAGCUCGUUGACCAUGGUAGCCAUGUUAGUGAAAAAGAUAAUGGACUUGAACAUGUACCCCAGCCGCUUGCGCUUAGAUUGUCUAUUGCUUCCGGAAUUCCAUGUUCUACUUUAUUUGAGGAUGGAAUGUCUGUGCAUCAUCGUGAAAGUGUGGAUGGAGCUGUCGUUGCUACCGAGUUAGGCAACGACAUGGUCAGAGAGAAGUGUGACAAAACUACGAACAACAUGAUUGGCGAUGAUGCCAUGGACCUCGCGCCAGAGAUACUUGAAAACUCGGACGGCGACAAUGAGGCAUUCGGAGAUGAGAAUGCAGCUCCUUCUGACUCCACUGUUCCAAUCGAUCCACGACUCUUUGACGAGGAUGUGAGCCGGAGUAAAGAUCUGGUCGAGAAGGCGAACCCAAUCGUGCUUCCGAUGUCUGUCACUCCGGUUCGCUCCCGUGUGUAUCCUCGGACAAUUCAUACUGUCUCAAAAGUGCCUCUGAGACCUGACGGCGACGGUUCUGUGCUGAAAGUUCCACGCAAAAGGGUUCGAUCCCUUUCUUCUUCACCCAUAAAGAACUCAAGUCGACAGCUUGGAAAGACUAAAUUGGUACCGGCACUUUCUCCACAAAAAGCAAUGUUGAGUCUAAAGCAAAGUCAUGACGACAUUGCCGGAUGUGAAGCCGAAUCGGAGCAACCAAAUGAAGCUCCUGAUAAAUAUAAUGCCUCAAAGAGUAUUCGAUCCUCCGAGAAGAGCGCAGCGAAGUCGCCAAGCAAAUCAAACCCAGUUAAUGACAAAGUUCUCCAAGGAGCAGUUGUCUUUGCAGACGUUCACACUGCCGAAGGGGCUGACGCAAGCGGCAUCUUUGUUGAGCUUCUAACUCAAAUGGGGGCCAGAUGUGUGAAAUCAUGGUCAUGGAAUCCGCGAGCGAGCCUCUCUCCCGUGGAUAGCCUAGAUCCCAAGGAGGGCAAGGUUGGAAUUACACAUGUUGUCUUCAAAGACGGCGGAGUGAGAACAUUAGAGAAAGUUAGAGAAGCUAACGGUCUUGUGAAAUGUGUGGGCGUUGGUUGGGUUCUUGACUGUGAACGCAAAGGCAAAUGGCUUGAUGAAAUCAAUUACGGAGUGGACCUUAGGCUAAUACCACGAGGUGGGCAAAAGCGCAGAAAGAGCAUGGAGCCAAGAGCACUUAGUAAUUUUAAUGGGAGCAUUAUCAAGCUUGACUCGUCCACGUCGUCCAACGGCGGAAGAUGUAGUGUUAGCGAUCGCGAAACAUUCCAAGAGUUGAUGCGACUGUCACCAACACCACCAUCGUCAAGACGUGAAUCGAUGGAAUGGGACAGGGAGUUUAUUGCUUCAGAGUCAGAACAGAAGCAGCAUCCCGCUUUCCAGUCAACACCGACAAAUCCUUCCCGGUCCGUGGCAAUGUCACAGAGUUCUGCAGUCGUAACACCUACAACUCCAGACUUUAGUUAUGCUUUUGAUUUUGAUGGUGCUUCGGCUCCAUCACCUAUAACUCCAUAUCAUCCCUCGCAGGGAACUCAGUUGACUCAGCAGACUUGCCCCCCAAAACAGUUGAGACAGGGACUCUUCGGUAAUCACUCGGAUAGCCCGAUGAGCGAGGGGCUUAGAAUUAGGUUAGAGGCGGCUAGAAGGAGGAGUUUGGUUUGGAAACCAAAAGUUGGAAGUCCGCUUGGUCGUCCAGGAAUGAAACUUUAA